CUCACGUCGCGGGUGAAUGGCAGUUCCCUUUAUUUGAAAUUCCCGUGUAUAACUCGCGUGUUUACUUCCUGAUACAGCUUCUCGAACAGCCGCUACAUCAACGGCGACUGCGUGUCCCCUGCAGACUCAAAGAAGGCACCUGUCCCACGAGGCUCGUUGUCGAUUGAGACAAUCCUCGAUGCUAAGCGUUUGCGGGAGAAGUGUAGGUUAAAUUUGGCUUCAGCGAGAGACCUGUGAAUUCCUCCGUUUUAAAUGCUGCUGCAGGACCCGGCGGAGGGACCACGGGACGCACACCUUUUCACCCACCAAUAUCCCAGUUCAGCGCGAUUGAACGUCGGCCGCGAAUCACUGUGAGAUUUCCCUGGAUUCACAACGUUGUUUUGUGUCAAAUACCAGUCUCUUGUAGUUGUGAGAGAAAACACUUCAGCAUAUUCGCAACUUACAUUACGGCUGGCCAGGACUGAACUUCUCUGCUCAACCCGUCCACGCCUCGGCACUCACUGCCCUUUUCUACCUCUUCUGCAGGAAAGUAUGCCUCACACUCCUAAUCUUUUCCAGUUCUGGUUGAGUGGGGAGUACCCCGGUGGUGUCAUGAGAAUCGGCGAAGCACAUACUUUCAGAACAGAAUUUCACCGUUUCGCCAGCGUGCAUGUAUCGGAUUCUGCUUCCUAAAUUUCGUCAUCCUUCGGCGUGCUGGUGCUGGCAGGCAUGCGUCUCCCAGCUGACAAGCAGAUACCAAAGUGACUUCUGUCUGAAGAUGGCUUCGUGUAUAGUCGACCACAUUGUCGUCGCCUGCAUCUCUACUCCCCAAGGUACACGUUGUGUCCUGAAGCUGGCACCCCAAUAACAGAACCUGCACCUUCGCGCUGGAACUUUUUACAGUCUCAGCUCCGCAUCCUUAUCCCCUCCGUCUGCUCUUGAACGGAUUCUUCUUGAUAAGGUGGACUGUCACACAGUCUGGAGAUCCAGCAGUCCCGUGUUGCGGACCGGUACAUCCUGCGGCGAUAGGAACAACCAGGCGUAUCAUCGUGUUUGCCAGUUGUCAUGUAGUUGCUGCUGUACUAAACCAGAUCGUCUACACCAAGUUCCAGUUGUUCGGCCUCAGAUCAACUUGCGGUCCGGUGGAGACAUCUGCGGGUCUGUUGAGACCGUUGUGAAGAGCGACAGGAAAUGGUUCGGGGCAUCCGUCCUCGUGUAUACUUUGCUUUUGUUGCGGUUGUAGCCUCUGUGGCUAUAUCCGUUCAAGAGGUCGUGAGCUUCCGCGUCGCGAAGAGAGGACCGCAUGUGAUUGAUCAUGGCGAUACAGCCUCGUGCGGUGUGCGAGUGUUUGACUCUUCCUCCACCGCAUAUUUGGGACCGCUGCGAGCCGCGGCUACAGCUAACUCGGUUUUAGGCUACCAGGGUCGAUUCCGUGGCGUCUCCAGCUUCCUUCUGCCGGGUGCAACGAGACAGUGCAGUGACAGGAGGAGGACGCAUUGUCUCCCCAAGUCGUCUGAAGGUUUCCUACCACAGUGGGGCACACUCGAAAGACCUCUUUCAGUGCGUCUAGACCGCAGUAGUACGCGCAAGCGGUCUGAUACGCCAACAGGCCUUUUCGCGACCCCGACCGACCAAACAUCCGUUGAUGCCAAGGCCGACGAGCUGCGAGUGGCAGUCAAUACCUUUCGUCCGGCUUCGCCCCUCAUAUGCCGAGUUGUCUCAGUUACCCCGGUGACUUCAAAAGACUCAUCGCCCGGUGACUCACACGGUGAAGCCCCGCAAGUGUUUUCGAUUGUCUUGCACCAUGGCAAGCAGCUGCCCUUUGUCGAAGGCCAAGGGAUAGGCAUCAUGCCACCAUCUCGAGCAGCCCAGGCACCGGUGGCCGACGAGUCGACUAGUCAAAGAAAUUCCGUUCAACCAGACGGUCAAGGACAGCAGCCCACCACUGUCGCAAGUAUCUGUAAACGUCGCUUGCUUCCGCGGAUAUACAGCAUCGCGUCCAGCCGGGAUGGCGACGACGGUUGUGGUAGCACACUGACUCUAUGUGUCAAGAAGCACAUCUACGCGGACCCUGUCACUGGCAAGAGAGACCGACAGAAGGACGGCAUCUGCUCGACGUAUAUUUGUGACGCCAAGUGUGGCGAUGAAGUCGAGGUGACAGGCCCCGUAGGGAAAACCUUGUUGCUUCCUACGAGUACAGAGACCCCACUCGUGAUGCUUGCCACUGGCACGGGCGUGGCCCCCUUUCGUAGCCAUCUCCAGGCUCUGCGGCGAAAAUUACUAUCCGCAGGUGGGCCUUCAGCUGCGCAGCCUGCAAAUCGUCCUAAAGUUCUUCUCUUCAUCGGCGCCAGGACCGCCGCUGCAGUGCCUUAUAUGAAUGAGUGGAGAGAUAUCGAAGCACAACGAGAUGGAAACUUCGUCGACAUCCACUUUGCUUUAUCGAGACAAAUGAAAAACCCGCAGGGGAAAAAACUGUAUAUUCAAGACGUGGUUUGGCAAGAACGCGAGAAGGUUUGGAAGGCUUUGGAUAGGGACGGUGGUCACCUUUACGCAUGUGGCUUGAAGAAUAUGAUGGUUGGCGUCCACGAGGUCCUCGGAAAUAUGGCAGAAGAAAAAGGCCUCCCGCGGGAUCACCUUGCCUCCUUACUUAAGCACCAACGGCGAUGGCACGUUGAGGUGUACUGAAGCACACGAAUGUCGAGACAUUGACGAAGUGAAGAAUACAGCCUCGCCUUUGUCUGGAAGCUCACCGUUCGGGAGCUGGGAGCGGCUGGUAACGGAAAUGGUG